AUGGCCGACGACCUCACCGUAGACAGAACCCCAGGUUUCAAGGUGGGGGAGAAGAAAACAUUGGACGAAUAUCAGAAACUCGAUCAAGAAGACGAGGCCUUGAAUAGGUGGAAGGCGUCUCUAGGCAUUGGCAUUGCUCAAGGCCAGUCCAUCUCUGACCCCAACGACCCUCGCCUGUGCAUCAUCAAAUCCCUUGCCUUGGAAGUCGAAGGCCGACCCGACAUCACCAUCGACCUCACGCAGCCAGGCGCACUCGAGUCGCUGAAGGGCAAGCCCUUUACCAUCAAGGAGGGUAGUACAUAUCAAAUGAAGGCGGUCUUUGUCGUCCAGCACCAAGUUCUAUCCGGCCUCAAGUACAUCCAGUCUGUCAAGCGGAAAGGUAUUCGGGUAGGCAAGGACCAAGAGAUGAUCGGCAGCUACGCGCCCAACACCGUCGACAAACCAACACACACCAAGAAGUUCGCCCCGGAAGAGGCCCCCUCAGGUAUGAUGGCUCGAGGCCAUUACGAAGCAGUCUCUCGGUUCGUCGACGACGAUGACGUGACCCAUCUCAAAUUCGAGUGGUCCUUUGACAUCGCCAAAGAUUGGAAAUGA